CACGCAUAUACAGAUGAAAGUUAUCUCCCUUAAGACCGCCAUUUUCCAAACAUUCAAUUUUGUGGAUAAAUGGGUUGAUAGCAACAUCGGAUCGAGUAACCUGACAUGGAUAUAAAUAUGAAAUAUCGAGAGGUUCAGGGAUGGCUAGACCAGCUGUUUGCAGGAAGCCGAGUGCCUGAAUAUGAGCAUAAUGAACAAACAAUAGAUAUUCUGUACCAGCUUAUGCAGAGAAAUAGAGCAUGUGACAGGGACACACAACUUCUUAUUCAGGAUUUACAACAGAAGGCCAAAGAAUAUGCAUCAGAAGGCCACCGAUUGGCAGCAGUUUUGAGAAGACUGAAUCUGAAACCAGCCAGUCUGUCUCAGUCAGGUAUAAUGAGUUUGCGUACUCUGGCUAAUCUGGCGUACCUGCUGAGGGUACGUGAUGCAAGUGAUUCUAGCUUCUUACUAGCACUACAAACAUUGAAGGAUGAAAUAGACAGAACCCAGGAAGCUGUUAUUAAAGAAAAGCAGCUUUUGGAUCAGCUGACAUUGAAGAGCAAGAUGCACAUGUUAAGUGCACUUCACUCCAAAAAUAUGGCACUAUAUCUUCUUCGCAUACCAAUGCUAGAACAGCAGUCGGUAGAAGAGAAAUCACAAAUGGAAAAGCGCACUAAGGCUGCUAGUUUCCUCCAGACCAAGGCCCAUGAGUAUGGGACACAUAUUGCAAAGCUUAAGGAAAACCUUAAAAAGGUAGAAGCAGAUUCAUCAAUCUUUCAUGAGAACCUGGUCAAGAAGGCCCAGGAUCUUCAAAAGCUUCAAGAGCAGCUAAAGCCAAUGAAACAAAAGCUUCAGAAUUAUCAUGACUUACCACCGGACAUUUCACAAGCAAAGGUAAAAGUUGCAGAACUGAGACAGAGAGUGAGGGAACUGGAAGCGGAGAUGGCUAGGAGGAUAGACCUGAUGAGACUCUGACCAGUUAUUUUGAUCGAUUCCCUAACCUUUUGAUGAACCUUUCCGCCCCAGCUGACUGUAAUGAAUGCUAAAUUGUGACCAUUUUUCUUGUGUAGAAUGUUAUGUGUUUACAAAUGACAAGCUGUUCAUCACAAGAUAGGAAUAUAAAUUGUUGUUUUAACACUUCGCUCAAGAUAUUGACUGCAUAAUAUUGACUGCUAGGGCAUGAAUGGGCAGCAGUGAAAGGGGCCACAUGUUAUCAUGAUAGUAAGUUAGGUAUGUUUUAACUAAUGAUUAAAAUUUGGAGGAUACUAUCAAACAUUUCGUCCGUGAUGUGGUCUUCUUUUUGUUGCACAUAGCAGAGCUCAAAAGUUUCUGGGUCUUAGCAGCAAGAAUUCCUCCCCUCCAUCACUUUGUACUGUUUCAACAGCACAGGCAUUCAAGUCUGGUUUAAAGAAACUUCUUUCCCAAUUAUCUCAAGGGGAGAUUCUUCUCCCCCUCUUUCCUAAUAUUGGUUGCUUUGUUAAUUAUGCAAUAUACGCAAUUUUGUUCCAUUUAAAAAAAACAACAUACAUUUUGCUGGUUUUUUGAGGAUUUAUCUGUUGCUUUUGUACUGUGUUGAAAUUUUCUGUUAAAAGGCAAGUCUUGCUUAAUUAACUAUUGUUGUUGCUGUCACUUCUUUGAAUGUUGCUGGUGGUUCCAUAAAACCGAUAUGAAAAAUAUGUUUUUAACAGCAGUGUUCUGAGUACUAAUUUUACAAAAUGACAAGUUGCGUCUUUGCGUCAAAUUAAAUAUUAAUUUGGGAAA